AUGAUUUCACAUGCAAAAAUUUUCAAAGAUUACUUAUGUGAAAAGUGCGCCAAGAGAUUUGGAAAUAAACGCAGUUUGCUAUUGCACAUAAAUACAGUCCACGAUGGUCACAAAGAUCACAUAUGCGACAAGUCUGAAAAGAAAGUCGAAAAAAAAUCGCAUUUGCUCAUGCACAUGAUAAAAGUCCACGAGCAUCGUAAAAAUUUUGCAUGUGACAAAUGUGAGAGGGUAUUUCAGAAUCAAAGCAAUUUGAAAAGGCACCAAAAGACAAUACACGAGGGUCGUAAAGAUUACCUAUGCGAAAAGUGCAACAAGAAAUUUGGAAAAAAAUCGGAUUUACUCAUGCAUAUUACGACAGUCCAUGAGCAUCGCAAAGAUUACGCAUGUCAUAAAUGCAAGAAGAAAUUUGGACAAAAGACACCACAAAACAGUCCACGAAGGUCGGAGAGAUUUUGCGUGUGACAAGUGCAAAAAAAAAUUUGGAUUAAAAACAGACUUGUUUCGGCACCAAAAGAUAAUCCACGAAGGUCGCAAUGAUUACGCAUGUAACAAAUGCGAAAAGAAAUUCGGACUUAAAUAUCAUUUGCGUU